ACAGAAAGGAACGGGAGAGCGCCGCGCAACGCGGUGGGUGUCCAGCAGGCGGCAGUAAAAGUAGGACUCUUCAUCUCGGGCUGACAAGGGGUGAAAGGGAACAACGGCUCCUCGCGGCUUCCGUAUUACGGAACGCACGCGCAAAGAUGGACGCGUCCUGGAUUACGGAAGUCACAGAGAGUCAUGUGACCAAGCAACUUCCCGUCCCCUUCGGCAGGUUCUCCCAAGCCCUACUUCCUGCGCUGUCUUACAGAAGAGCGUGCCGGGGCUUAGCGCGUUUCGAGGCCGCUGGAGGCCUGGCCUGGGGUGGCUGUGAUCUGAGAGUGCGGCCGCAGGAGCAUGGAGGGUCCUCCGGAGGGGGAGGCACCUGCAGCGGCGCUGGCCGCUGUGCUGAAGCACAGCUCGGCGCUGCCGUCCGAGAGCUCCCAAGUCCGAGGCUACGACUUCAACCGCGGCGUGGACUACCGUGCGCUACUGGAGGCCUUCGGCACCACUGGCUUCCAGGCCACCAACUUCGGGCGCGCAGUGCAGCAAGUCAACGCCAUGAGAAGAAACUAGAGCCGCUGUCGCAGGAUGAAGACCAUCAUGCAGACUUGACCCAGAGUCGCCGCCCACUUACUGGCUGCACCAUUUUUCUGGGCUACACAUCCAAUCUCAUCAGUUCAGGCCUCCGUGAGACCAUCCGUUACCUCGUGCAGCACAACAUGGUGGACGUCUUAGUGACCACAGCUGGCGGUGUGGAGGAAGAUUUCAUCAAGUGCUUGGCACCCACGUACCUGGGCGAUUUCAGUCUCAGGGGGAAGGAGCUACGUGAGAACGGGAUCAACAGGAUUGGAAACCUACUGGUGCCCAAUGACAAUUACUGCAAAUUUGAGGACUGGUUGAUGCCCAUUCUGGACCAGAUGGUGCUGGAGCAGAACACAGAGGGUGUGAAGUGGACACCUUCCAAGAUGAUCGCCCGGCUGGGCAAGGAGAUCAACAACCCAGAAUCCGUGUAUUACUGGGCCCAGAAGAACCACAUCCCCGUGUUGAGCCCAGCGCUCACAGAUGGCUCCCUGGGCGACAUGAUCUUCUUCCAUUCCUACAAGAAGCCAGGCCUGGUCCUGGACAUCGUUGAGGACCUGAGGCUCAUCAACACACAGGCCAUCUUUGCCAAGCGCACCGGCAUGAUCAUCCUGGGCGGGGGUGUGGUCAAGCACCACAUCGCCAACGCCAACCUCAUGCGGAACGGGGCCGACUAUGCUGUCUACAUCAACACGGCCCAGGAAUUCGACGGCUCGGAUUCUGGUGCCAGGCCAGAUGAAGCAGUCUCCUGGGGCAAGAUCCGGGUGGACGCACAGCCUGUCAAGGUCCCCUCUGCAGGUCUAUGCCGAUGCCUCCCUGGUCUUCCCCCUGCUUGUGGCCGAAACCUUCGCCCAGAAGUCGGACGCCUUCACGCCCGAGAAGAAUGAGGACUGAAUGGCUACCGCACCAGCGAAGCCUCCCCUCCUCUAUUUAUUAGCGUGCACUUGUCCCCUCACUCCUUGGUCAGCAGCGGGUCUCCAAUAAAUGGUCUCUGUGA